AUGGGGUUCGGACAAAGAUGGAGGAGUUGGGUGAAGGAGUGUGUAAGUACGGCAACUAUGUCAGUCCUAGUGAAUGGAUCACCAUCCAAGCCUUUUAAGAUGGAGAGGGGCCUAAGGCAAGGAGAUCCUUUGUCUUCUCUUCUGUUUGUUCUUGUGGUGGAUGUCUUGCAUAGGAUGUUGGGAGAAGCGGUAAGGAAUGGGCGUAUUACUCCGCUAUGGGUUGGGGGAGAACAUAUUGAACUGUCACACCUUCAAUUUGCGGAUGACACUAUCCUAUUUUGCCCUCCGGAGACAGAGACAAUUGUGAAUUAUAAGAGGUUGCUGCGGUGUUUUGAGCUGAUGUCGGGUCUGAGCAUAAAUUUUGAUAAGUCGAAUCUCAUCUCAGUUAAUUGUGAGCAUGAGUGGGUGGAGCAUGUGUGUGGCCUUCUAGAGUGCAAGCAAGCUGUUUUACCUGUGAGGUAUCUCGGGAUUCCUCUAGGAGCGAACCCGCAUUUGGUGAAGACUUGGAAACUGGUCAUAGAUAAGGUGGAAGCGAAGCUAAGCUUAUGGAAAGCGAAAGUUCUAAAUAAAGCAGGCAAGCUAGUUCUUAUUAAAUCGGUGUUGAAUAGCCUGCCGAUUUACUACCUUAGCUUGUACAAGAUGCCGAAGGCGGUCGCUGACAAGUUGAUUGCCUUACAGAGGAGAUUCUUGUGGUGUAAGGAGGAUGGUAACAACGGUAUACUUUUGGUGAAAUGGGAAAUGGUUCAGGCCCCUAAGAAGGCUGGAGGGUUGGGGGUUGGUGAUGCAGUGCUCAGGAACACAGCGCUGCUGUUUAAGUGGUGGUGGCGGUUCUCCAAGGAAGAUUGUCCGUUAUGGAAGAGGAUUGUAUGCUCCUGUAACAACUUGAAUCCUCAGGUUAUGCUUUCUAGUCAGACUCUACCGGUAAAGGGUGGCCCCUGGAAAGACAUCUGUCAGUUGAAUAUAAAGGAUCAGCGGGUGUUGCAAUCUGAGAAUCUUUCGGAGGAGAUUACAAGUUAUAGCUUCACAAGUGCGAUCUGGAAAGGGUUGGUUCCGACUAGAGUCGAGCUAUUUGGUUGGUUUGUGUUAGUGGGAAGAGUGAAUACUAAAGAAAGAUUGAGUAGAUUAGGCAUACUUCAACAGCAUGAUAAUAUCUGUGUCUUGUGUAAAAAGGAUAUUGAGUGUGUUCAUCAUUUGUUUAUGUUCUGUGAGUUUACAUGGCAGGUGUGGUGCGUCUGGUUGAGAUGUUUUCACAGAGAUUGGGCUGUCCCAAGAAGCAUUAAGGGCUUGUUUGAGAGUUGGAAUGGAACGACAAGUAGAAAAGAGGAGCAGAAGAGGUGGCUGGCUGGGUUUUUUGCGGUUAUUUGGAAUGUCUGGUUAGAACGCAAUAACCGGAUCUUCAACAAUCAAGAGGUUAAUGUUGGUGUCAUUCAAAACAGGACGUUUUUUAGCUAUAAGGAGUGGACUGGUAUUGAUCCUACUGGUUGUUGA